AUGCCACGGGCUUUUAAUGCUAAAUUGCCUUGGAGGCCGAUCAGGCACCUCCUGACCAUUGCAGUACUUCAGCUUCUGACUGCAGGUAGCUCUUGGAGCCUAUUUCCAGUUAUGGCACCUCCACUCAACGUGGUAAUAAAUGGUGAAAGGAAGACAUUGGUGGUUUGUGUGGUGAAUGCUCUCUCAGAGGAAGCGUUGAGUGCGGUUUGGUUUUCCAACGGAAACGGGAGCAUGCUGGAGUCUUUUACCUACACAGUUUCUGGACAAGAAGAUGAUGGUUUCAGCACAAUCUCUCAACUUGCCAUUCACACCAAAGAAUUUGAAUCAUGGGAUGCAGUUAUUUGCUACGUUGCACAAAACAAAACAUCAAGGGCAUGGAAUACAACCUCUCUUCAAAUCUCUGAAGGAAGUAUAGAAGAUUCAUGUCUGGAUGAAAACCAAGGAACGGAGGACCAGAUAUCAUCCACUGCAACUCCACAUCUCUUUUCUCAGAUCCUGCUCCUUUUGGCCAUCCGAAUAUUGCUGUUCAAGUUUCUCCUGACUGAUGUGUUGAUUACUUGUUGCAUUCUUUACAAGAGAGAAGACCCGUCUCCAGUUCUGAAGUCCCACAUUUGUCCUGCAGUUUAUCCACCCAGAUUUGAUUAUACUCCAGUAUACGUUUACCAUGGAUGGCACAGAAAGCAAUGGAUUGCAGGAGAAAGAUAA